AUGAAAAUUACCCUUCCCCUGAGCAAUGAUAUAUCCUCCAAAGCUUUGAUAAAAGCAGAUUCAGUCACAUUACAAACACGUGAAGAUCAGACGUGUGUUGUUGAGCUCCUGUUCAAAAUGAAUUCAUCAACAGUUAUUAAUGCUCUAUAUAGUUUCUUUGGCAAGAAGAAAAAUAAAUUAACAUGGUCAGGAUCUCUAGAAGAUCUCAAGGCAUUUGUUCUUACAAUAGUCGACGAAGAAACUGCUGAAAGUUCGACAUGGCGUUCACCCAGUGGCGGAAAAUGGUGCUUCGACAGCGAUCAACUUAAAGUUACGUGGUAUACGAAGAGCGAAGCAAUACUCUUUGAAGGUACCAAAGCUAAAGAUUUGUCUAUACGAAUACAUGGUAUUCUUGUAGAAUCAGUCGAUCGGAAGAAAGCCAAAAAUAGCGAUCUUAACAAGUCCUUAGAAUGUUUUAUGGCCGAAGCGAGCACUGAAGUGGAUAAUAAUAGUCCUGAUGAAACGCCAGGACCAUGCACCUCAUUGUUGCAAGUAAGUAAUAUCUCUUGCUGCAAUAUUAGUAACAAUAAUCAUGUCGAAAAUGUGCUCGGGCUAGGCGAGUCUUGUAACCAUGAAGCUAAUAAGCAGGGUUUGUCAGAAGUAGAAAUUACAUCUUUUGUCCCCGAGGCUGUGACUGCCAACCCUUGUUCUGCCUGUUGUGACACGCAUAGACGGGAUAUUGAUAAGCUAAAUAUCGAAAUUGCUGAUCUAAAGAAGAAAGCUGUGAUUGCCAACCCUUGUUCUGCCUGUUGUGACACGCAUGGACGGGAUAUUGAUAGGUUAAAUGCUGAAAUAUCGAAUCUUAAGAAGAAAAUUGCUUUUCUCGAAGGGGAAGAGUUAGCGAAUUCAAGCAUGAAUAUGCAAAUCAUUCACUUACAAAGAGAUAAUUCUUCUUUAAUUAAGACAGUUGAAAUGCUCAGUAAACAACUCUUAAACCUAAGCGAAGGUAAAGGCGAAAACCCCCCAAAUAUUCCAUCAGUAAAUUUGGAUAAAACAAAUGUAUUGGAUCCCACCUCUAAAACGUGUGAAAAAAAGAAGAAAAAGAGACAGAGAAAAAACAAAGGGAAAGAAAAUAAGUUAUUGCAACGUAAUCCUCCAGCUAGUGAUGCUUCAUCCCCUGGGGACGCCUCAUCGCCUCUUGACGCCUCAUUACCUCGUGACGCUUCAUCGCCUGGUGACGCUUCAUCGCCUAAUGAUGCCUUAUCACCCAGCGGGGGCUCAUCACCUAAUAAUUAUUUGCCUCCUGACAAGAAUAUAGCUGGUGCUAACGCAACACAAGAGGUCAAUGUCACC